CCGACAGCGGCUGCAUCUCAGCACCGGCGGUCCCGGCGGCCUUGGUGGAGGGGACCUUCCGUUAUCUCUGUCCCUCGCUACGCGCCGGGGGGCAGGCGCGGCGGCCGUCCCGGAAGAGGCAACUGAAAAACAGUGGACCCAGACCCCUGAGAGAGGGCAGGGGGGCUCGAGGAGUUGGUGCGCGCGAGGCAGAUACUCAGACGCGGAGGAGGUCGCCGCUGUGGUCCCCCUUCUCGGUCCCAGCGAUGGGGCAUCCUCGGGGGCCGGGGGAACUUUGAAGGCGGAGGGUCCGGCGGUGGAGAGCUGCGAGCGCCUUGGGGACCCGGGAGUCACGGCCCCAACGUCAGUGGCGGAAGCGUCUCCGAGCCCGCGGGGGCCCCAGCGCCGCCAGAGAGGAAGUUCUUUGCAACUUCGUCCGAGACGUCGGAUUGCCGGGUGCAGAGAGGCUGGGGCUGCAACUCCGAGCCCCAGAGACUCAGAGAGGCAGGGGAAGGAUCCAGCAGAGCCGAGGAGUCGAGGGGAGACUCCAGAGGCAGCGAGCGAGGCCGCGGAACCAGCCUGGCAGCCCUCGGGCCUCGCUGCCCGCGGACUGAAGCCAAGGGCCGUGCGUCCCGCAGGCCUCCUCGGAGCCGCUCCUGCGGGAGGCCGGGGGCCCCUGCGCUAUGCCCCCGCAGCUGCCGGUUCCCUGGCCGCAGCUACUCCGGCUCCGGCCCGCAGCCGCUGCCUGAGACAGCCCCGGAGGAGAGGCACCGGGAGUUGCGCGCUCCGCUCCCGGCCGGACCGCACCAGCGCCGUUUCCCGCCUCCAGACGCAGCUCUCGGCGAUCUCCGGCGGAGCGGCUCGGAGAGAGGCCCCGAAGCUCCCGCGGCGCUGUCGGAGCCCCGAUCGCACAGUACCCGGCCUGGCGGCGCGGCUCCCUCGCCGCGCUGGGCAGCCCCUUGGCGCCGGGAGGCGGCGGCGUGGGCCGGCCUGCAGUCUGGAGCGCCCCGAUGGAAAUACACUGUAAGCACGACCCGUUUGCAUCCAUGCAUAGACAUGGAGGAGUGAAUCAGCUUGGGGGGGUUUUUGUGAAUGGACGGCCACUUCCGGAUGUAGUCCGCCAAAGGAUAGUGGAACUUGCUCAUCAAGGUGUCAGGCCCUGCGACAUCUCAAGGCAGCUUCGAGUCAGCCAUGGUUGUGUCAGCAAAAUUCUUGGCAGGUAUUAUGAGACGGGGAGCAUCAAGCCUGGGGUAAUUGGAGGAUCCAAACCAAAGGUCGCCACGCCCAAAGUGGUGGAAAAAAUCGCUGAGUAUAAACGCCAAAAUCCCACCAUGUUUGCCUGGGAGAUCAGGGACCGGCUGCUGGCGGAACGUGUGUGUGACAAUGACACGGUGCCCAGCGUCAGUUCCAUCAACAGGAUCAUCCGGACAAAAGUACAGCAACCACCCAACCAGCCGGUCCCAGCUUCCAGUCACAGUAUAGUGUCCACGGGCUCCGUGACGCAGGUGUCGUCGGUGAGCACGGACUCGGCCGGCUCCUCGUACUCCAUCAGCGGCAUCCUGGGCAUCACCUCCCCCAGCGCCGACACCAACAAGCGCAAGAGAGAUGAAGGUAUUCAGGAAUCUCCAGUGCCAAACGGUCACUCCCUGCCAGGCAGAGAUUUCCUCCGGAAGCAGAUGCGGGGAGACCUGUUCACGCAGCAGCAGCUGGAGGUGCUGGACCGCGUGUUUGAGAGGCAGCACUACUCGGACAUCUUCACCACCACAGAGCCCAUCAAGCCCGAGCAGUGGUGCCCCGUGCUGAUGAGACAAUACUUGGUGCAGCCCCAGGCAGUCCUUUUCCAGACCACCGAGUAUUCAGCGAUGGCUUCGCUGGCUGGAGGGCUGGAUGACAUGAAGGCCAACCUGACCAGUCCCACCCCCGCCGACAUUGGGAGCAGCGUGCCUGGGCCGCAGUCCUAUCCCAUUGUGACAGGCCGUGACUUGGCGAGCACGACCCUCCCCGGGUACCCUCCGCACGUCCCCCCCGCCGGACAGGGCAGCUACUCAGCACCGACGCUGACAGGGAUGGUGCCUGGGAGUGAGUUCUCCGGGAGCCCCUACAGCCACCCUCAGUAUCCCUCGUACAACGACUCCUGGAGGUUCCCCAACCCGGGGCUGCUUGGCUCCCCGUACUAUUACAGCGCCGCAGCCCGAGGAGCUGCCCCGCCAGCAGCCGCCACUGCCUACGACCGGCACUGACCCUCGGAGCCAGGCGGGCGCCAAGCACUUAUCACACAUAUCACUGAGGACGGUAGCCUCUCGGCCCCUCCGAAGAUGGCCAGAGGGGCCCAGCGAGACCAUCCUCCAGCAAUCCCCACUCGCCUGAAACUCCCUCCCAACCUUUUCUUGCCAAGGACUCUGGGGCUCUAUGGUAAGGCUGUUAGACUUCUAGACACGCGUGUGUUUCUAAGAGUCAAUCAGCGAGCUGCUCCCAACAGCAACUGGGUCUCUGCAAAGCAACGGACUAUUCUGCAGACAACUGUAGCCCCAGCCUAGCCUGCCAGUCCCCAGCUGUCUGACCAUCCACCUGUCUUCCUGCCCCAGGCCUGGGAAGGAGAGCUUGCUUUUGUCACUUCAACAGCACCCAUGUAAAUACCUUCUUGCUUUUUUGUGGGCCUGAGGGUCCAACUGAGGCAGACCGCCUCCCCAUUAUGCAUCCAGUACUCCCGAUGUGUCACAGGACAUCUUAGACCUGUGUGCAGAGCAUUCCCUCUGUCCUGGCUGCCCCCCACAGGUGGGCUUGUAGUUGUCCUUGAGACUAAGGAUGCCCACCUCAGGGCCCAGCCUCCUGCUCAUUGCUACUUCUUCAACGUCUGGACUAGGAGUCUUGUUGGACUGGUUAUGCUUCACGCUUCCCCCCUGAGACCCUUCCUCAGGAGAAACACACUGGAGAGUUGCCCUGGCUUCCUGACUCCCAUUUUUCCUGGGCCCAGUGCAGUGUGAGCAGCUCUUCUUCCAUAGCAAAGGACUCAGAGAACAAAGAACUGUCUGGGAGAUUCCUCAGCUACUUUUCUAAAGUAAGAUGCUGUCCAAGGUGCUGACCGCAUUGUGGACUCAGUGCUGCGGCUGGGCAGGACCCAGAAGACCAUAGUCCAAGGCGAGGACUCCCAAGCCCCUGGAACCACUGAACUGAACUGGGAUGUGUUUCUGAGGUGUUCCCAGGCUCAUAUCACAUUGGACACCCACCAUGGACAUUUCUUCCACCCUCCAGGAUGCUAGAGAGUGGAUUCUGGGCAAGCCUGUCCCUGCCAUGUAGACAAUAAUUCACAAAAAGGAAGUUCUUGCACCAAGGACCACAAACCCCUACAGCAGUCAGCCAGAACUUCCUGAUCAGCCUCUCCCAAUUCCUGUGGAGCCCAGUGUGCAGUUGGGACUAGAGGUGCUGGGGUGGGAGCAGAUGCCUAACUGCACAGUGGGUAUAUACCUAUUGAUGCAGGGGGUUGUGAUGGUCAGCACCAUGGCCAAGGGCCCCUGGAGCCUGGAGUGGGAGUUUGGAGAACUCACUGUAGGCUGGAGUGGUCAGAAAAAACUACCUGGGAGAAUGUGGGGGACAGAGGAAGGCCUUCUGGGAGAGUGAGGAACUGGUGUGUGAACUAGGAGUGAUUUUGAAAUAGGGGUUCCAGGGGCCACUAUCUCUUUGCCUGGGACCUCAAUUCCUUCAAUAAUCUCUCUUGCCAGCUCCAAGCAGCCAGGUGGAGGUCUGUCCAAAUCUGGGCUGAAUUACAGUGAUGACAAUGGACUUUGCCAUCUCAUGUGACAGGAUACCCAAUGUCUACAUGUCACCAAGUUGGCAAAGAGCUGGGGCAGAGCAGAGCCUGCACUUGAGGCUAUUGGCCCUGAGAGGUCUUAUCCUGGCCACACCAUUUCCUUGCUGUAGGACCUCAGACAAGACCCUCACCUCUCUGAGUCUCCACUGCUUUGGUACAGCAGGGUCACCUGCAGGGCCAUCCUAUAGUUCUCUCCUCAGCUUCCUCUUUCCCCAGAUGCUGGGGCUGUGACUGGGUCAUCUGGGGCAAGUCCUCUACUUAUAAGCAAGCGUAAGAGUUGGGCAUCUGAGUCCUGCUAAUAUUUGGACCAAAUGGGAAAUAAGAACACCCAAAGAGAUGAGAAUCAGCCUUGAGGAAGAUCUAGCCCAGCUCCCCUCAGGGGAAACUGAGGCCCAGUUUGGGGAAGCCCAGUAUGAUGCAGGGAAAUAGAACAGAUAUCCUCUGGCCACUAUCAAGUGUUUUCUCCCCAACAUCCUACAAGGUGGUGGAAGAGAAGAGGAAACAAGCUUACCAAGGUGGAGGCCACAGGCAGUGACUGGCAGAGGUAGGGCUGGGAUUCAACCCCCCAACCCCUGGCACAAGGUGAUCAUCCUUCCAUCCCUGGGGAGGGAAGUUGACAGUGAGGGCAGUGGGAGAUCGUUCUGGGCCCACUGCCACAGAUAGAGUGUUCUGGGCUGUUAGAACUGCCAAGAAAGCCCAGGCACCCAGGGCAGAGGUGGAGCCAGUGGGCUCACCAUAGGCACACCCACCUCCUUGGAACCUGCUGGGCAAAGAAGAGAGGCAGCUGGGGGCAGAGCCCACCUUCAGGAACAGGAUGAACCAGCUCCAGCCUCCACCUGCCAGGCAAGGUAGGAGAAGGAAUGUCAUCUGGCCUCUCCUUUCCUCCUUCCCUCCCUCCUUCCCUUCCACAGGAAAUGGUUGGCUCAGGAGUCUGAAGCACAGGCUCUUGGCCUCUUGCACCCACAUCUUUGGUCUUCAUCCCUCCUUGUGGUCUCAGGAUAUUGGGAGGUCAGCCUUUCCUGAACCAACUGCCUAAAGCACACACUGUCCUUCCUCAUCAAAGCCCAGCCGGCUCCAUUCUGUUCCUUCUCUUGCCCUGUGAUGAGGUCCCCCCAUACCUCUCCUCUCUCCCCCGAGGCUCUGCUGGUCUUCAGAUUGCAUUUGUAUUUAUUAGACAACCACUUGAUUCCUGGGCUGCCAGGAAGAAGCACAAGAGCACAUGGAUGUACACGCAUGUUCUCACACAUGUACCUGCUCUCUCCAGCUCAGGGUACACACACUGCCCAGUGGAACGCCUGGGAGCUUGGAGAGAAAGGUUCCAAAGGACACAAGCCGUUGAGUAAAUGCCAGAGAAUUCUGAAUGGAAAACACAAGGCCAGAGCUCUCACGAACAUUGUGGCUGGAGGCCUGGGGCACUCCUCCAUGGGCUUUCAGCCCUAUGUUCCAGCUCUGAAUUUUGGAAAGGACCUUGUGGAUUUUAUGAAAAAGCUUCAUAUCAUUAGUCUAGCUCCAGCCUUGAAAAAUCUGAUGACAUAUCAAAUCCAAUCUCCCUUUUCCAAGGCGCCUUAGGUAGGGUUAGCCCUUUCAUAACUCACAUUUGUAUGGUGCUUUGCAAUCCUUGACCAUUCCCUGGGGCAAAGACCACAAUGCCUAUUCUACAGAUGGUAAAACUGAGAUUUGGGGUUUGCAUGGCAAGAGAGAGGUAAAGUGAAUUCUCAGAUCUCUGGGCCCCAUUCUCUCUCCACAGAAUUGUGCUCUUGUCAUGAGAGCAUGUGGCUUAGACAAAUGCUUCAAUCCCCUAGAAACCCCCUAGACCCACAAGGAGGAAAAAAAGAACAGGGACCCAGAGGCUGCCCUGACCAAAUAGCCUGGGGCUUGGUGGCAUUGCCAGUCUACCUUGAUUCUCAUUAACACCAAACCUGCAAAGUCUUUGCCCAGAUGCAUUCAUAUCAGUGCCUCUGAGGUUUUAUCCACACUUCUUCCCUGCUGGGUCCUGAGCCUCCAAGGGGAUCAGACCACACCAUUAGCCCUGGCAGAGCCUAGACACGGGCCCGCCUCCAACUCCCAGGGUCUAAGAUUCCAGGGUUAUGAGAUGUCCCCUCACUGGGGUUCAGACAUCAGCCCUGUUUGUGACAACACGUAGGAGUCCCCCAGCAGGGCCCUCAGAGCAGCCACAGGCCUGGGAAACACAGAUCGCAAUCUCAAGGGCCCUGAACUGCUGCUUCCCAGGUUCAGACGGAGUAAUCUUGUCGCUCAGGCCGGGCCAGAGGCAACCAGAGGGCUUGCCCCAACCAACAGCAUUCAAAUGUGAAAGCUUUUAAAAUGCUCUUCCAGCCAAAAACCUACAUUUGUGGGCCAGAUUUGACCCACCAACCACUAGCACAUAACUCCCAACUUUUGUCCAGUGCUCCCUUUCUCCUUCACUUGCUCUUCAUUGAAGAUCUGGGGGAGAUGGGAACCCAGAGAGGGAUGGGCUUCAGGUUUUAGGCAGUCACUGUCAGGGACAAGCAUCCCCAGUCCUUACCCCCUCCCUCCUCACCCCGGGCUCUUGCAGACCAUUUGGGCUUUGAAGUGGAUGGGAUAGAACAGUUUGGGGGUGGUGGGGGUGGAGGGACUAUUGGCUUCGAGAGGAGGUCAGUGCCUUGCCGCUGGGGUCUUUCAUAUGUGUGGGAAAGUGCCCCAGAUGUGGCCACAGGGCACUGAAGGUUGAAAUCCCUUUAUGAGAAGUCGUAUCCCAGAGCAAUUGCCCUGCCUUUGGCAGCCUCUGGCACCAGCUACCCCUCUUCUGGAUGACAUUUCAGCUAGAAUUUAGCUCCAAGCCAUGGGGAGCAAAUCUCAAAAAUAAACCAAGCACUCCUGACAAAUACUUAGAAACAAGAUAUGUCUGAGACACAGCUGCCCGGAGGGUAGAGACAAAUCCAGGCCCCUGGAGAAGCCAGGUCCAGGCUGAAGUGGGUGGAUCCCUCAGCACUCUGGGCAACACCAGCUCCCGGGUGGCCCCAGCUAAGAAGCUGGCUUUGCAACCAUGGCCUUGUCACCCAUCUAGGGGCCUGCCUCUGAUGGUUUCCAGGCACGCACGUCAGUGCUCCCGGAGAAUUUAUUCCUUUAGUUCUUUUGGCCUCGGAGAGGUCCAAGGCAAGUGCAUUUCUUAAAAGGUAACAAAACAUUAUCGGAAAGUUGGACAGUCAGGCCAUGACUCCUAGCCGGCAGUCUGCCCCACCUCCCAGCAGCCCCUUCAGCCCCUGGCCCUCUGACGACCCCUUACCUCAGGAUUCCCUCUUGCAUAUUCAUGGCGGAGCCACAGUGUUGAUCCGAACUUCCCCAAUGUCAGCUCGUGGCUGCGCCUCCAGAGUGGCGGCCAGGUCCCCAGGGGCUGCUGCGGAGGGCUGGAAGUGAGUCCCUGGCCUGCUUCUCGACGUGGGCGGCUUGCUAGGAGCAGCCAGGCACCAGACUUUCUUUCAUUCACUGUGAUUUCUCGACACUGGGGUUCCGUUCCCGGACCCCCCCACCCACCACCCACCCCAGGAUCCAAGGAGACCUCAGGAUCUUGUCCCUGCCGAUCUAAGCUGCAGUGCAUGUAUUUCCAGGGGUCCAUUUAGUCCAUGGCUGAGUUGGGGGUAAAUGUAACCACCACGCAGUAAGUCUAGAUAGUCUCCUUCCAACAUCUUAGACCCCAAAGCAGCACAAGGAGAAAACGCAGCUGUUUAUCUAUUUAUGGAGGAAAUCUUAAUGAAUUCUAAAAUGGAGUUGGUCUCAGGUAGCGUACUUGGCCUGUGAGUGGGACAAGGCGGGUAGGAAUCCCACCUGAUUUCAGCUCUAGACAGCUCUGAGCAUGGCUGGGGAAGGGAGCAUGUGAAACAGCAGGGGGCGGGGCAGAUCGGAGUUAGUGCCCCCUUGCCUGAUCUAAGGCCUGCCUGGAGGAGGUCAAGCUGAGCACCCGCCCCAAGAUCGGGCCCACCCAGUCCUGCAACUAUGGCCACCAGGCCACCCUCAUCCCCAAAAUCACCACGCAUAAGGCCAAGUCCCUCAUCAUCUCUAAAGGCACCAUUAAGAACAAGUGAUUUUGGAUGAUGGAUUUUUGAUUUACAAACGGUGCAUUUCCCUUGGAGUGGAACAGAAAGGAAACCACUUAAUGGCUCCCUUAUUUUCAAGCAUGAAUACAUUUUAAUGAAACUAUUUUAUUGUAUUUGAGGAAAUGGAGAGUUGAACAUUCCAACCAAUCGAUAGCCAAUUAAUUGCUAUAAAGCUAAAAAUAAAUAAGUCUUGAGUCUUUUUGAAAUGCCCCUGCAGAACUCCGAGCCUCCGGAUCAGGCCUUGCCCUCCAUAUGUGCGCCUGUGUGUACAUGCAUUCCCACAUGCGCACCCCUGCACCUCAGACAUACUUGAAACUCAGAGAUCGUGCUGAGUCUCCUCAUGCCAAUUCUUGCCUGCUCUCCUCGCCUCUGGUCAGAGAUGGUGAGCAGACCUGGCAGCAGCCCAUGAUGGGGCUCAGGAAGAGGCAGGGCCAUCCCUUGGCCCGGCACCACCAGCUCAGUGUGGGGGAUACUGGGCAGUGAGGGCCCCCUCGUUGGCCCCCACUGCUGAGCCUCCAAGUCUGGGCCGAGGGUGGAAAUUUGACUUGGGUUUUGCCCUGACUCUUGCUGGAAGAUGCUGUCCUGGUUCUUCACCCUCUAGUGGCCUUUGGACAUUGAGUAUUUAUAGAAAUAAAUGCAGAUUACAUUGCAAGUGGAACUCUUUGCCAGGAAGACACAUGGAUUUAGCUUCUCAUUCUUUGAGACAUUUGACUUUGUCUUAGGGACUGACCUUCCAGCAUCAAAGAAAUACAUAUCUACUGUAUCCGCCAAAGUUUGUGAUGCCUGCAUAGACGCUUACUUGUAAAAAAAAAAAAAAAAAAAAAAAAGUACAAAAAAAUGACAAAAAAAAA